AUGGUUAAAAUUACACAUUGUAUAUUUGACAUGGAUGGAUUGUUGUUAGAUACAGAACGUAUCUAUAGUGAAGUUGCAACUGAAAUGCUUUCUCGUUACAAUCAACCUUAUACUUGGAAACUUAAAUCACAAAUAAUGGGUCUUAAAGAAUAUGAUGCAGUUUCAUUAAUAAUCAAAGAAACUGGGAUUGAUAUGAGUAUAGAAGAUUUCUUGAAAGAACGAAACCAAAAACAGAUUGAAAAAUUUCCAUCUGCAAAACCAUUACCAGGAAAGCUUGUAAAACAUUUAAAAAGCAAUAAUAUACCAAUCGUGGUAGCAACAAGUUCUCAUAAGUACAAUUUUGAAAUAAAAGCUAAAAAUAAUCAAGAAUUGUUUUCAUUGUUUGAUAGCAUAACUUGUGGUGAUGAUCCAUUAAUAAAGCAUGGUAAACCAUCACCUGAUUUAUUCUUAUUGGCAUGUAAACGAUUAGGCAAUCCACCUGUAGAAAAUUGUUUAGUAUUUGAAGAUGCUAUCAAUGGUGUUAAAGCUGCUUUAAAUGCAGGGAUGCAUGUUGUUUGGGUUCCUGAUCCUCAUUUAGUUGAGUUGUAUCCUGAAAACUAUGGAGAAACAGAAAAACUUGAUUCCCUGGAAUUAUUUGAUCCAAGCAAAUAUGGAUUGCCUCCAUAUUAA